AUGAAUAUUGCUUGUACAAUUUGUUUGGAUCGAUUUUUUCUUUCAUCAACUAUAUCAGCUUCUCCAUGUGGUCAUUUAUUUCAUGAUAAAUGUUUGGAUCGAUGGCUUAUCGAUGAACGAAAAAAAACUUGCCCACAAUGUCGUACAUCAAUUACACCAAAACAAGUUUUAAAAAAACUUUAUUUAAUGGAACCACUCUGUCAAACACAAGUACCAUCGGGUGGUCAAGAUUCUUCGGAACUUCUUAAUCAACUUGAAACACAAGAAACAAAAAUUCUUGAAUGUGAACAACGUUGUCGAAAGGCUUUAAAUGAUUUACAAAAAGUAAAUGAAUAUUAUUACAUUCUAUUGUUAUAA